GGCUCUGUUUUUCAGGUGUGUCAGCCCAGUCCUUCCUUCACUGCUUUACACUGAGUAGCUCUGCUUUUAAUCUGCAAGUUGCCACUCCUGGGGGGAAGUCAAUUGAUUUUGUGGAUGUGAAUGAGAGCAACAUGCGCUGGAUACAGGACUUCCGCAUGAAAUCCUAUGCAAACCCUACCAAGUUGGAGUCGAUUGAUGGUGCUAGGUACCACGCCUUGCUGAUUCCAAACUGUCCCGGGGCUAUGACUGACCUUGCAAACAGUGGGUACCUGGCUAAGAUACUGCAGCACUUCAGCGCUGAGAACAAGCCUAUCUGUGCCGUUGGACAUGGAGUUGCAGCUUUGUGUUGUGCCACCAAUGAGGAUAAAUCCUGGGUGUUUCAGGGAUACAGCCUGACAGGGCCUUCUGUGUACGAACUAGUAAGGCAGCCGAAUUUUGCCAGUUUGCCCAUUAUCGUGGAAGAUUUCGUGAAAGAUUCUGGAGCUACAUUUAGUGCCAGCAGUCCGGAUGCUGUUCACGUCGUGCUGGACAGGCACCUGGUGACAGGCCAGAAUGAGAAUUCCACUCUUCCUGCGGUCCAGAAUCUUCUUAUUCUUUGCAAUGUCAGGAAAUGAAGGAGCAGGUCUCUUUGCAAAUAGGAUGGAUGAAGAGCCAGCAGGCUAAGGAUUUUCUUGUCUGUUGACUGGAUAAAACAUCCUCUGAAUUUCUGUUCUGGACUAUGAAGUGACUGUGACGGUGAAGUGGCAAUGUCGGGUUUUGCAUAUAUAGAGUGGAUGAAGGUUGUGAAUAAGAGAACUUUGAAGUGCAUCACGCUUCAGAAGCGAUUAUGAAACCACCUGGCGUUGUUGUGCUACAUCUUUUUUUCACUGCUUCUCUCUAGACCCUUAAUUUACAGCUGUGGGAACU